UUAUGCGACUUUCAGUUUGCGGGGAUUUAUUUCUUUAUAUGCGAGUCUUUGAGUAACUUCUGGUUUCAGCCGGAGCUCCAUCAUGUCAACCGGGACGCAGCUGCUCAGACUGCUGCUCAACGAGCGGCUGGCAGCGGCUGCAGAGGAAAUCUUUGGACUAGUUGAGAAGACGAUAGCGGAGUAUCAGGAUGAAGCUGUCCGCUCCAAGAGAGAAGUCAUCCAGCUGAAGAAGCAGAUCGAGCAGCUGACCGUUUUAAAACCUCAAGUAACCUUAUUCAGAGCAGACACUCAGCUGGUCUCUGAGGAACUGGCUCCUUCAUUGCAGCAAUAUGACAUUCAGAUAAAAGAAAUUCUGAAGGAAACAGAGAACCAAGAGCACCCACGAGUCAAAGAGGAGCAGGAGGAUCAGUUUAUCAGUCCAGACAUGGAGCCUGAUUCUUCCAACAAUGCAGAAGUCGGACAUCCUAAAGCAGAAUCAGCCACUAUUUGUGAGCUCCUCCCAUCUCUCAUGUCUGUAAACGAAAAUAUAGAUGACAAAUGGAUAGAAAGAGAUUAUUCAUCGUCGCCUCAUCAGAGUCAGCAGGUGCGUUAUUGCAUCAUUCCAGACCUCAUGAAUAAUUCUUCUGAGAAUGUAAAAGUCAGACUUACUGAAUCAGAAACAACUGCUAAGACAGACUGCCAACUGCUCCCAUCUUUCAGCACUAUAACUGUGACAUUUAAUGAGGAUGAAUGGAGGGGGAAUCAGAGUGACAUUGCUCUCGAAGAGCAGGAACAAGCCCAGAGGGACAGAAAGGCUUGCCACGUCUGUGGCGAAUGUUUUAACAAGGACUCUGAUCUGAUAAGACACGUUGACAAGAUUCACUUGAGCGUAAAGGCCUUUAAAUGCUCUGAAUGUGACAAGUUGUUUGCUUGUCGAGGCCAUCUGGAUACACAUUUAAGAAUUCACACAGGUGAAAAGCCACACAAGUGUUCUUUCUGUGGGAAAUCAUUUACUCAGAGGUCAAAUCUUAAUGUUCACAUGAGGAUGCACACAGGGGAAAAACCUUAUUUUUGCAAUUCAUGUGGCAAAAUGGUUGCUUACAGCUCUCAUCUCAAAAAUUGUGGUACAAAGGAGCUCAAAGGGAAAAAGUAAUUUCUCUGUUUGGUGUGUGGUAAAAACCUUUGGACUGCAUCAAAACUGCAGAUCCAUAAGAAGACCCAUUAAGACAGGACACCCUAUCUGUUGCCUUUUGUCUGAUCAUCAGACUGAAAUUACAAUUGUUUUUACUUCAGUCAUUAUUUUAAUUUUAAUUUAGUUUAUUAUUAAAUUAUUAUUAUUUUUUUAUUAUCUCUGAACAAACCAAAUAUGUAGGCAGUAAUUUAAAAGUCUGGAGGAAAAUUAUUGCAGUCAUCUGUUUCAGACCGAUCUUUCAUUCUAGUUUUGUAAAAUCAUUGCAUCACUUCAAGCUGCACUUCUUUGUUAAUAAAAACAAUCCCUGUUUUGCUCUGA